GAUUAGACCGAUUACAUCAGACUUGCAAUGGAAAGGUUACCAGCGUAUUCUUUGAGUGUUUCUACAAGUGACACCGAUUCCGAGUUAUUGCGAGUUAAGAAAAAAAUAGAAAAAAUAGAAUGUGCUCUUCGCUUAACUUUUGCAUUGAUAGUGUUGCUGGUUUUAUUCAACAUUGCUCUUGGCGUGAGUUUAAUCAUGAAACAUAAUGAAAUAAGUGGCAAACAAAAUCAAAACGACGACAAUGAAUUAAUGACAGAAAUCCUGUCGUUAAAAGACAGAUAUCUUGACAUUCUGAACAGAAUUGAAUACGAGGACAAUGAAAUGAAGUUAGACAUCGGGUCGCUAAACGACACAAAUCUUGAAAUUCGUGGAAAUCAGAACGACAAUCAAGAACUAAAGUCGGAAAGAAAUCAUGUAUUUCAAUUGGAACAAUCUGGCAAUUGUCUAGACACACUUCACCGUACGAAAAAUGCCUCUCUUGAGUUAUUUGAAUGUCACGAUUACGGUGGUAACCAGGAGUGGGAGUUUACAGUGGAUGACGAAGUUAGAAAUUGUUACUCAUGCCUAUCGUUUGCAAACACAACUUCUCAAUCGAUAAUUAUCGACGAAUGCAACGGUUCAGUAAACCAAAAAUGGAAAUUCAUGUCUGGCAAUUUGCAGAACACCAUUUUUGAUAUGUGCGUUCAAGUGGUAUCGGAAUCUAAUUUAAUUGCAACAAAGUGUAAUUCAUCAAGUCCGUCACAAACAUUCAAACGAAAUUUUCUGUACAAAAUUAAUCGAUUCUGCACAUUCAAACAAGCCGAUUAUGUUCUGUUAAACGCCGCCAAGAUAUCCGUUGCUGAUAAUGGAUUUCUUUUGUCCGAAGCACAAUGCCUUCGUUACAACAAUGAGUCGUCGUUAGCAUUCGAAAAUUGUGAUCGACAGUCGACGUCGCAGAAAUGGGAAUACACACCCCACGACGGCCAGAUAAGAAACAUUUUCGAUAACGUUUGUGUGGAAAAGAAAGAUGACGCCACAGUUGCAGUGAGUAAAUGCAAUGCAAAUUCGAAAUCUCAACGGUGGACCUGUGAUAUGGACUAAUUUUAUUUUUAUUUGAAUUCGUCAUAUGGUUUUGUCAGCUAAAAAUAUUUUCCGGAAAUCAUAUGCCAAUUCUGAGUCACAUCCAUGCUGAUAACUUAAAAUAAUUAAUUUCGAUAACUUUCUUCGUUCCACCAAUCAUUACAAGUGUUACAUUUUAACGGAAUUACUAAUCAUGUGCGAUUAACACCAGCUUCAUUUGCAAUAUGCUACAGGGAGACCUUUUUGGUCAAUUUAUGGAAAUAAUUGGUAUUUGGUAAUUCCGUCUGAUUGUAAAUACGAGGUCCCACCGGUCUCGGUGGGCUAGAUCCUUUAACGUUAUGUAAAUGUUUGUAAAUUUAAAUGAAACAAUUAAAUAUUCUGACAAACUUUCA